CUCCUCCUCCUCCUCCUCUUCCCCCUCCUCUUCUUCCUCCUCACUCACUCCGCAAUGUUUCACUCCUCUUCUGUAGGUGAGUGAGUGAAAGAGACAGGGAGACCAGAGAUCAGCAGCUCUCGCCGCUCUCGCCUCCGGUCUGCAGCUCCCGGUCGCUGGGUUAGGUUAGGUUAGCAGCCGCGGUCUCCGCGGUGUUGCUGCUGCGGGUCGUUGGUGCCGCUGUGCCCGUGUGUAAGUGUGUGAGUGUGUGUGUGGCUCUCUCUCUCCAGCGGCGAUGGAUUGACUUGGUGCCUCCUCCUCCUCCUCUUCCUCCUCCUCCUCCAGCCCCCCCAGCUAAAGCUAAGUUGGAGAGAACAACUGGAGCCUCCUCCUUCUCCUUCUUCUUCGCCUCGCGUUGGAGAGCUAGCGUUAACUAACUAAAUGUGUCCCCCGGGGGAGCCUCACACCUCGCCGGGUUUGCGCCAUUGCCGACUUUUCGCUGUGAAGCCCGCUCCCCGGGUCUGAGAGAGGGCUGAAGUUUGGAGUGAGGAGCUCUGUGGAUAAGUCUCGCCCCGGUUCUCCAGCUUGUUUUGGACUUUUUCUUCUCCUGAAAGUGAUGGCGGAGCGGGGAGCGCGGUGGCUUCUGUUUUUCUCCACUCUCACCUCCAGCGCUGUGAUUGCAGAUAGAGCAGAUAAAGGUUCUGCAGUGAGGGGCUUCACACCGUUCCGGUUCUCUGUGCAGCCCGUGGACACGCUGGCUGUGCGGGGGCUUCCUGCUGUGCUGAACUGCUCUGUGUCCAGUGAAGCUCCGGUGCGAGUGGAGUGGAAGAAGGAUGGCACGUUCCCCAAUCUGGCGGCAGAUGACCGUCGCCGUCUGUUACCGGACGGCUCUCUCCUCAUCAGCACCGUGGUGCACUCUAAACACAACAAGCCUGACGAGGGGGUCUACCAGUGCGUGGCCACCAUCGACAACCUGGGAACCAUCAGCAGCCGUACGGCUCGUCUGACUGUAGCAGGUCUGCCGCGGUUCUCCAGCCAGCCGGAGGGGGUGUCUGUGCGUCCCGGGGGGAGCGAGGUGCUGAGCUGUGAGGUGAGCGCUGAGCUUGUUCCCUUCACCCACUGGGAGAGAUCUGGGCAGCCCGUGGAGACGGACAGCCGGCUGGUCCAGCUGCCCAGCGGCGCUCUGGUUGUCAGCAAUGCCUCGCAGGCAGAUGCCGGCCUGUACCGCUGUGUAAUAGAGGGACUGGGACCGGCCAAAAGCAGCGAGGACGCACAGCUACUCAUUUUACCAGAAUCUGCUGCUGAGGAGAGGAUGGAGGUCUUGCUGGGUCCUGCUGCUGUGACCAAAGCUGUGGGCGAGACAGUACUGCUGCCCUGCGUGGUGAAGGGCUACCCUCUCCCCAUCAUCCGCUGGAUGCUGGACGGCAAGGUCAUAAAUGAAAGUGAUGGGAGGUUUGCUGUGAUUGGUGGAGGCGUCCUGCAGAUUGUCAACCUGACAGAGAGGGACGCUGGAACGUACAGCUGCCAGGCGGACAACGGCAACGAGACCAUCGAGACACAAGCUCAGCUCACUGUGCAAGUGCCUCCCCGCUUCCUCAAGAAACCUUCCAACAUCUACGCGCACGAGGCCAUGGAUAUCACCUUCCAGUGUGAAGUGUCCGGCUCCCCUGCACCCACCGUGAAGUGGCUGAAGAACGGAGAUGCUGUCAUCCCCAGCGACUACUUCAAAAUAGUGAAUCAGCAUGACCUGCAGGUGCUGGGCUUGGUGAGGUCUGACGAGGGCUUUUAUCAGUGUCUGGCUGAGAACGAGGCCGGGAACAUUCAGGCCAGCGCCCAGCUCAUCAUCCUGGACCUGGACGUUGCCCUCCCUACGUCCACUGUCCCCUCACUGACCAGUGCCACUACUGACCAUGUAGCCUCCGGAUUGGGGGAGCGCUCGGGCCUCACCCCCUCCGCCCCGCGGGACGUCGUGGCGUCUUUGGUCUCCACGCGCUUCAUCAAGCUGACCUGGCGGCCGCCGGCCGAGCCGCACGGAGAGAACAUCACCUACUCCGUCUUCUACAGCCAGGAAGCCUCCAACAGGGAGCGUGUUCAGAACACGACUACUCCGGGCGAGAUGCAGGUCACCAUCCAGAACCUCAUCCCCGACACCAAGUACACUUUCAGGGUCGUGGCUUCCAACAGAAACAGCCAAGGAGAAAGCUCAACCCCCCUGACAGUGGCCACCCAGCCUGAAGUUCAGGUACCAGGACCAGCCCCCAACCUGCAGGCAGUGACCGUUACACCUACAUCAGUCACUCUGAGCUGGGAGAGACCAGUCACAGGAAACGGAGAGAUCCAGACUUAUAAAGUCUACUACAGCGAGAAGGGACAGGACUCCAGUGAGCAAGACAUCGAUGUUGUAGGUUUGACCUACACAAUGACUGGGCUGAAGAAAUUUACAGAAUACAGUUUCAGAGUGGUGGCUUGCAACAAGCAUGGACCUGGAGUCUCUACAGAAGACCUGGCUGUUCAGACACUCUCUGAUGUACCAAGUUCAGCACCUCAGAACCUCACUGUCGAAGUCCAGAAUUCAAAGAGCAUUAUGAUCCGGUGGCAGCCGCCCCCUCCUGGCACUCAGAAUGGAGAGCUGACAGGCUAUAAGAUCCGCUACAGGAAGGGAGGGAGGAAGGGAGAGGCAACAGAGAUCAUGACUACCCAGCUCUCUCAGCUUAUUGACGGUUUGGAGAGAGGCACUGAAUACUCCUUCAGAGUCUCUGCCAUCACAGUUAACGGCAGCGGCCCGGCCACAGAGUGGCUCACGACCGAGACCUUCGAGAGCGACUUGGACGAGUCUCAGGUUCCUGGAGUUCCGAGUUCUCUGCACGUGCGUCCCCUGGUGAACAGCAUCGUAGUGAGCUGGACUCCUCCGGAGAACCAGGACAUCGUGGUGAGGGGCUACAGCAUCGGCUACGGUAUCGGCAACCCUCACGCGCAGACUGUCAAAGUGGACUACAAACAGCGCUACUUUAGCAUCGACAACUUGGAACCGAGCUCGCACUACGUGAUCACUCUGAAGGCUUUCAACAACAUGGGCGAGGGGAUACCAGUGUACGAGAGCGCCAUCACCAGGCCAGCAUCAGAUCCCAUAGAUCCAGAUAUUGAUUUGUUUGAACUUUUCCACCAUACCCCCCACACCCCAGCACCCGACCCUUCCCCCAUGCUCCCACCCGUGGGCGUGCAGGCCUCCGUCAUGAGCUCUGACACCAUCAAAGUGUCCUGGGCUGACAACUCUCUGCCCAAGAACCAGAAGAUCACGGAUUCCAGGUUCUACACCGUCCGCUGGAAGACCAACAUACCGGCCAACACCAAGUACAAGGUUACAAACACCAGCUCUCUGACACACACUGUGACAAAUCUGAAGCCCAACACACUGUACGAGUUCUCCGUUAUGGUGACCAAAGGGCGACGUAGCAGCACCUGGAGUAUGACCGCUCAUGGGACCACCUUUGAGACUCUUCCUACCUCUUCUCCCAAAGACGUCACAGUGGUCAGUAAAGAGGGUCAUCCCCGAACCAUCAACAUCAACUGGCAGCCGCCAACUGAGGCCAACGGCAAAAUCACAGGCUACAUCAUCUACUACAGCACGGACGUGAACACAGAGGUGCACGACUGGGUUGUGGAGCCGGUGAUGGGAAACAGAUUGACGCACCAGAUCCAGGAGCUCACUUUGGACACGACGUAUUACUUUAAGAUACAGGCACGCAACUCUAAAGGCAUGGGGCCGCUCUCAGACACCGUGCAGUUCCGCACGCUUAAAGCUGAACCCUCUGACAAAAUGUCAAGUGAUCAAGUAGGCUUCCACGGUACGCCCGGGGGGCGCUCUCCGCUGCCUGAACACGGAUUUGGGUCCAACCGCGAUAAGCCAGGAAUCACAGGCAGUCAGGAGAAUCACAUCCUCGUGAUUGUCAUCAUCGUUUCUGUGGGAGUGUUCACAAUCAUCGCUGUGGUGGUGGGGGCAUUUCUCUGCACACGGCGCUCCAACUCCCACCAGAAAAAGAAGCGAGCAGCCUGCAAGCCCACUAACGGCUCCCACAAGUACAAAAGCACAUCUAAAGACCUGAAGCCUCCUGACCUCUGGAUCCACCACGAGCGUCUGGAGAUGAAACCCAUAGACAAAUCCCCUGAGCCGAACCCGGUCAUGACUGAAACCCCCAUCUCCCGCAACAGCCAGGACCCCUCCAGCGAGGCCGGCCACCCGAGACGCAACUCAUUCCGAGGUCAUGAGAUUGAGGAGAGUGUUUCUACACUGGCAGGAAGAAAAGGAGUGAGACCCAAAAUAAUGAUGCCCUUCGACUCGCAGCCUCCACAACCUGUUAUUAGUGCCCAUCCCAUCCAUUCUGUUGACUACCUCCAUCAUCACCACCACCAUCACUAUCACCCUCCUCCUCGUGGUUACCUCCAUCAUCAGAUCAGCCUGAGGGCUCCUGCCACACCCUCCACCCCUGGGCCUUAUUUAGACAGGGCUCCCUCAUCAGAGUCUGUGCGGACGCAGCCUCCGGCCCCUGAGCCCCCGGUGAUCCUGACUCAGCCUCCCAGCACAACAGAACUGCAGCAGACAGAAGCUCUGAUUAAAGAAGAGGACCCACCUUCCUACAAGCCCCCCACAGCCCACGUUCACCCCACACACCCCAUGAAGAGCUUCGCUGUACCCACUGUCACCGUCUCAGCUCACAACCCCCCCAGCUCUGCCUUACCCUGCACCCCUCUGCUGGCCCAGCCAGGUGCUGGUGUGAAGACAGCAUCUAUAGGCACUCUAAACAGAGCGCGGGCGCCGGUGGCAGUGACUGUACCCAGCGCUCCUGAUCAGACAGAAACCAGCAAGAUGCUCCCGCAGAAAGAAGCUGCGUAUGAGACGGACGAGCUGUCGGAGGAGAUGGCUCACCUGGAGGGUUUGAUGAAGGAUCUAAACGCCAUCACGACGGCCUGACAGCACUGAACUCGCUCCGCUCCAGAGAGCUCAACCCGAACUCCAGCCCUGUUUGUUCUCAAGUUCUCAAGAAGGGCCCGGCUGUUUUUGAUAAAGACUGAUUAUCACUGCUCAUGAAUUUAUGAAUUUUGGCUGAAUUCUAAGUGACGGACCAGGAGGAUGAGCUCCAGCAGAUGUGUGUUUGUUUGUUUCUCCAUUUUGCAUGGACAGCGAAAGGGGCGAAAAAAAGUAAAGCACUCCAGAUCAUUGAAUUUUGGAAGAACUCUGGACAUUUUUAAUGUUGCUGUUUUCUGGACUUCAUAUAAAUAUUGCGAAUUGUUUAAUAUUUUUUUAAUUCCAUAUGUGUACAUGCACACAUUAUGCAUAUGAUCAUUUCUUUUCAUAACAUUUUAUGUACUCGUUUCUGAAUUCAUACCUGCCGCUGGGGAUGUGUGGGUGUAUUUAUAUUGACUCCAUUUUAAAAAGUAGCUGUUGUUUCAUUUCCAUUUGUUUAUAUAUGUGAAAGGAACAACCUUCAGCUCUUCAUUGAAGAAUAUUCUUAUGAUGAUCAUUUUCCUUGGUCAGAGACCAGAUGCUCAGUUUUAUUUUUUGUUGUUUUAUUAUUUUGUUCUGUCCGAGGGAAACCUGUAGCAUAGAAGUUUAAAUAUGCAUCAUACGGGACACGACAGGCAAGUGGGUGCAGGAUUCAGAUGUACAGAAGGAUAAAACUGUGGAUCCUGAAAAAGCUAUUUUUGUUACAAAAAUGAUAAAUGAAAAAUAAACAAUGUUACACGUUCAGCACGUCAGCAGUGCUGUAUAGAUGGAUCAUGUGGUGCUGAAGAUCUAAGAGACCUAAGACUUUCAGACAGGACCUCUGGAAGACCUUUGCUAGAGCGUCACCUUUAAUACCUCAUGAUGAGCUCGCAGCCGGGCUGCCGGACCAGAGCAGCUCCUGUGCUGUUCCAUCUGUGAGCCGGAGGCACCACACACAGGAACGAGCAGCAGUUCACGCUCUCCCCGUCCGCCCUCAGGAGCUCCCAGGAUGAAGUGGUCUACGAUUCUACGACACUCUUUCUACACUUCCAAAAAAGACACUUUUAUAUCGAGGAUUUUGUUCGUUUUUAUAAGAGGAAACAAUGUUGCUUUGUAAACAAUCUGUAUGUAAAUUAUGAUGCGCAAGGUCUCAUACGCUCUCAUUAUUCUCCAGUUUGUUGUUCCACCUCUCCUCCCAAAGAAAGAUCCAGAGAAGACGUUGUGAACUCUGCCUUGCUUGAUGCAUUUUACAUGUACAGUAUCUCGUACAAAUGAAUGUUAAUGUGACUGUAAGAAGUUCUGCAAAUUAAUAAAGUCAGUGUUUGUAAA